AAAGCUGUUUCAUACUUCAAUUCAACCUUCUCGUAAGCUCUGCCAUCUCAAUGCUCGGAAUGAUGGCAGAGCAGCAGCUAUGGAGAAUCAACCUUCAAGCAAAGGCAAAAAACAUCCAUUUCAAACUCAAAGCAUCUAAAUACUUACCAACUUGCUACAAUUUCUUUCGAUUCUCACUUUUCCUCAAGAUUUCGCAUCUCCUCAUCCGAUUGAGCUCUGAUAAUAACCCGACGACCAAACGAAAAUCAUUAAAAUCAAGAAUUUCCGGAGCCAUUCAGAAAUUUCGGAGAAGAAUCACAAAGAGAACAGCUUUUUCUGCUCAGAAGCCUUCGAAAAUCAAACGGUUGAAAUUGGGUUCUUUUGAGUCAAUCUAUCAGAAGGAUAGAAAAGGGAUCAUCAUCCAUGGUUUGAGCGUAUUUAAAUACCUCCUUACACAAAUAAAGAUAUUUAUGGAAACAAAAGCGAAUAAGUUGCUUUUACUUUCAAUUCUAGCAAUGAUGGGAUACCUUCUUUGGUUGCGUAUGAAGAACCAUUUGAGUUAUCAUGAAAGAACCUUUGCUUCAAGAUACUUUAGGAAGGUGUUAUAUUCAUUUGUUGACGAAAAGGCAACAACCCCUCCACCAUUUUUGUGA